CGUGAAUGAGGUUUCGAACUCGUGACUGUUGUGAGAGGCGCGCGGCAACGCUAUACAAUCGUGAAUGCUGCCAACACGCCCAUCAUCUCCACGCUCCGUGUGUGCGAGUGCAAGUGCAAGUGCUCGCACCACCACCUCUUCAUCUUAGCUUACGUACACAAGCUUGUGCGACCUCGCUUCCUCAUCGCAUCGCUGCCGCGUGACUGAGCCGGCAGCGGACCAGUCGAUCCUCCUCCUCCUCCAGCACACACGCAACCAACACACGAGUCGCUGGCAAAGGGCCGCAUUCCACCUUUCCAAACGCCGCACACACACUUGUACUCUCGCGUCGUCUUGGUCGCAGGAGUCGUGAUGUCAGCGCCAGCAUCACCCCCGCUCGUAGGUGGCGAGCCAGGUGCACCGACAGGCGGACACCCUCACACCAUCUCGCCCCCUACCCCCGCACCCUCACCUCAACCUUCUGGCCUGUCUCGUCUGGCCACUUCCUCAGCUUCCUCAGCCAGCGCAGCUCUGAUCUCCGCCCUACCCACAGAUGGAGCGACACUUCGCAAGUACAUUUCGCUCAUCUUCCCCUCUCUCAUCAGCAGCGACAGGUUGCAGGUCCUCAGCGAGCUACUGGCGCUCUGCUCUUUGAGAGAGUUGGCUCAGCUUCAAUCCGACAUCUCACCUCGACUCAAGGUGGAUUUUCUGGGUGCCCUGCCCAUCGAGCUCAGUCUGCACGUGCUAGGAUUCAUCGAUGACCCAAGAACGUUGGCCAGAGCGAGCGCCGUCAGCAGAUUCUGGCGCAGCUUGGUCAAUGAUGAACAUACGUGGAAGGCAAUGUGCUCCAAAUACGCGUUCAGGCUCCGAAGGACUAGCAUGUCUGCAAGUCAAAGCGCUCCCUUUUUGCACCACCAACCUGCCUUUAGUCUGUCGCCUCUAUAUCCUGCUGCCAGUGCUUCCAGACUUGGAUACCCUCGCGGCAUGUCCCGAGCUAGCUUUAGCGACGAGGAUGUGGUGGAGGAAGACGCAGUAAUGGAGGAAGAGGACGAACAUCUCGAUGACGGCCAAAUCCUCUCUUCCCUCUACGAGCGCUAUCGAGCUCGUGGUUUGGAUCCGUCCAACGCUCUUCACGAGCUACGAACCCUUCACGAUCUCUUCCUCGCCAAGCAGGCAGAUGGAAGUAUCGCCGGCGGCACCAACUCGAGCUCAGACGCCCUCGGUGUGGGACUGGCGAAAGCUGGAAGAGGCAGCCUAGACAUGAGCGAAGCGGACAGAAUGUUUUAUCGUCAACUGGAAGAGAUUGUAGCUGAAGAAUCUCGCGAGCGCUACGGAGAGGAAGUGGUCGAUGGUGCGGAUGAUGACGCGUACGAACAGCCAAGGUCUCUACAUGCAGGUCCAUCGUCCGAUUCGUCGCGGGCACUCGGCGAGACGAGUAGUCGAACGCCCGAAGCCGGAAAUGCGACCGCGCCAGGCAAUUGGGGCUGGCUCAGCGCUGGCUCUUUUGCAAAUCUGCCGGGCUCUAGGAUGCUGCCCUCUUGGCCAGCGUCGAGGACACCUAGAGAAGGCUCCGCAGUGACUGCUGGUCUUGGAGCUCUCACCAGUCCAGCUAGGGAUCGGGCAAGCUUGCCACAGGUCGGCGAAUAUGGGACUGCGCCCCCCGAGUCAGCGCACAGACCUGCCGAUGGCUAUGGAGAGGGAGAUGUCGAGAUGAGCGACAGUACGGAAGAGGCAAGCGUCGCUGCUCACGUUGCUCGCUCAUCAGCACGCCGCGAUCGCGACCCCUUGCAUGCAUCGCCAUCGAACACGACCACCUCUGCGCCGCGAAGGCGAUCGGGAGAUGCGCAAGGCAAGCGGAUGAAGAGGCGCAGCGCUCCUGGUCAAGCUCAUGCGGCAUCUGCAUCCGACGUCUUCCAAAAUGCAGCUUCCUCCUCCGCCAAGGGAGCGACGCCGAGCUUUGCGCUCGGAAGACCUUCUUGGAUGUCCGGGUCAAAUGCAAAGUCUAAUCGAGCGGCCACAUAUGCGGAAGGCUUGCCGGAAGCUCAGUCGCGCAGCACGCCUUUUAGCUACAAGACGCACUUCAAGCUGGCUUACUUGACGGAGUCCAACUGGCGUAAAGGUGGGCGUUUGCUCACUCGGUACACUUCUACGGAAGGCGGUGCAGUGGUCACAUCCCUGGCCGUCGACAAGGAAUGGAUCGUGGUGGGUAUGGCGAAUGCCAAGAUUCACGUCUUCGACGCGCAGACAGGCCUUUACGCGCGGACGUUGAUAGGCCACGAGACUGGUGUGUGGGCCCUUACGCUGGUCUCGAGCACGGGAGGCAGUCAAGCUCGGCUGGGUGGAGGCAACGGCAAGGGAAAGCAAGACGCGGCUAAAUUAGCGCGAGCAGAUGCUGGUGCUGCGAGCGGAGGCGAUCUCGAGCUCGUAGAGCACGAUCUUCGACCAAGCGCAUCUGCAUACGACGACGAGGCGCUGAUGUACGGCGGAAACCUUGACGCGUCGGCAAGAUCGACUUGGAGCUCCACAAGCGACGCUCCCCUUCGAGCUCCCUCGCUUAUCUCGAGAUCUAGCGCUGCCAAGGCUGUGCCGAGCCGAACGCAGAGCAGCAGUGGUUUGUACACCGUCUCGUCUAACGAUUCUGCUUCUGGCGAGGAUGAGACGCUGGAAUGGUUUCACAGAGCUAGGCGGGCGAUGCUGCGCAAAGCUACGAGCAGCUCCAAUCUCAAUUCCGGAGCUGUGGCUGGCGACGGUGCGAAUGCUAGCGCUGCUUCAUCGUCACUGCGAGGUGGACCCAUCUCAGCGCCUGCAGCUGCCGCUUCGCUCAACGCAGCAACUGGAUCAGCUCGAGACUUUGCACGAGCGCAAGCAGAAGCGGAAGCUGAUGCCGGCAAUGUCAGAGAUGCUGUCAUGACUGCAUCGUCUGGCGCAAGUGGUGGCAUCCCGACGCACAUUACCGAUCAGCUGAACGCUUCCCACUCGAGCUUCUUUGGCGACUCGGACGCUGGAGAUGCUCCCUCGGCUUGGGCCAACAGCAGGUCUCCGAUGGGCGCCGCUGGCUUCUUUGCACCUUCUGGUGGAACACAUCGCGCGAGCGGGGGCGGAAGGCCCUUCAGCAAUGCGAAUCCGUGCGGAAGCGUCAAGGGCUACGGCAACAGGGAUGCGCUCGUCGUGACUGGCGGUUGCGACCGGGACGUUCGCGUGUGGAAUUUGAGGACUGGGGUCUGCGAACACAUCAUGUCUGGCCACGGCUCCACGGUCAGAUGUUUGAAGGUGAUAGAAGGUCGUCCACUCGCUGUAUCGGGCUCUAGAGAUAGCACAGUGCGCGUCUGGAACAUCCAAACCGGCAAGCUGGUGCACCAAUUGUCGGGACACCAGCAUUCGGUGCGCUGCGUCGAAGUGGCUGGCAAUAGGAUAGCUAGCGGAAGUUAUGACUGCAUGUGCAGAAUCUGGGACGUCGAUACGGGAGAGUGCAUCAAUGUCCUGAGGGGACAUUUCCACCAGAUCUACGCCAUCGCAUUUGAUGGUGUCAGAGUGGCUACCGGGAGUUUGGACUCGACGGUGCGCAUUUGGAGCGCUUCGACCGGCGAGUGCCUUUGCGUCCUGCAAGGCCACACUUCGUUGGUGGGACAGCUGCAAUUGACAGACUCUACGCUGAUCACCGGCGGUUCGGAUGGUCGAGUGAUCGUCUUUUGCUUGGACACAUUCACCACCAAAGCCCGCUUGUGCGCGCACGACAAUUCCGUCACUUGCUUGCAGUUCAACGACCGCUUCAUCGUUACGGGAGGAAACGAUGGGCGCGUAAAACUCUGGGACUUUGCUACAGGCCAAUACAUCAGAGAGAUGGUAGAGCCUGCCGAAGCGAUUUGGAAAAUGACAUUCAGGAACGAUUGUUGCAUCAUUCUUUGUCGACGCAACGGUCGCACUUCGAUGGAGACCAUCAGCUUCCGACCUCUUUUAGAUUCAUGAAUCCAGUUGCACCUGCAGGUGCAACUGACAAGCUCGCGCCACCUUUACUGUGCCACGAUAGUCUCGAGCUGCUUAGCGGAGUCAAUAUCAACCAAGCGCAAUCCCCCUCUGCACAGCAUCUCUUUACCUUCUCUUGGCCGCACGAACCCGCUCGCUAAAACGCAAUCCCCC